AUGGCGGACAAGGAGGCCACCGUCUACAUUGUCGAUCUCGGCAUCACUAUGAGCGAGUGUUGUGGCGGCCGCACGGAAUCCAACCUGGACUGGGCCAUGCGCUAUGUCUGGGACAAAAUCAGCACUACGGUAGCUGCUUCGCGCAAGACAUGGACUGUCGGCGUAUUGGGCCUGCGCACCGACGAGACGCGCAAUCCGCUGCAGGGAGAGGAUGGUUAUGAGAACAUCGCCGUCCUGCAAGAAGUCGAACCCAUGAGCCUGACGUCGCUGCGAGCUCUGGGCAGUCGCAUUCAACCCAGUUCUACCAAAACCGGUGAUGCAGUUUCUGCCAUUAUCGUGGCCACAGACAUGAUCAGCAAGGCGGCGCCCAAGCGACUCAAGUUCAAUCGCAAGAUAGUCUUAGUGACCGACGGACUAGGUCCGAUUGACGGCGACGACUUUGACGAUUUGGCCUUUCAGCUAAAUGAAUUGGACAUACAGCUAAUCGUUGUGGGCGUUGAUUUUGACGACGCUGAAUUUGGAUUCAAGGAAGAGAAUAAGCCUCCGCUAAAGAUAUACAAUGAAAACCUUCUUCAGAGCUUGGUUGAAAAGUGUAGCAGGAGCGUGUUUGGCACCAUGGCCGAGGCUAUCAAAGAGAUGGACAGACCGAAUGUAAAGCCUUAUCGGCCGUACAAAACCUACGAUGGGCCCCUGACCCUUGGAAACCCAGAGAGCUACGAGAGUGCUCUAUCGAUUGAAGUAGAACGGUUCUUCUUAACCAAGGUGGCUCGUCCUCCUCCUGCAACUACCGUAGUGGUUAAUACGGAAGCCGAUGGAGCCACUCAAUCAACACCGAUAGAUCCAAUGGGCGGCAUAGAGAUUGGCGGCUCCGACUUCUCCAAGGUUCAAAACACACGCGUGUAUUCAGUCAUCGACCCCAGAGCCCCGGGUGGCAAGCUGGAAGUCGAUUUUGACGAGCUCGAAAAGGGCUAUGAAUACGGCAGGACGGCGGUGCAUAUCAGCGAGACUGACCGCAACAUCACUCAGCUGAAAACACUGAAAGGGCUUUCUAUCGUUGGCUUCAUCAGCCAGGACAAUUACGAACCGUUUCUCAAUAUGGGAGAGAGCUGCAUCAUAUUACCCCGGAAGUUCAGUGAGCAGGACGAAGUCGCAUUCUCUGCGCUUAUCCAUGCAAUGAUCGAAACGAAGACAUACGCCGUCGCCCGGUUUGUUGCCAAGGAUAUGAAGGAGCCGCAGCUGCUGCUCCUCUUCCCAACGGUUGCAGAAAACAUAGUAUGCUUCUACGACGUGCCGCUUCCUUUCGCUGAGGAUGUUCGCACAUAUCCAUUCCCGCCGCUGGACAAGGUUAUAACGGCCACUGGCUCUGUAUUGUCAAAACAUCGACUUCUCCCCGACGACAAACUCAACCAAGCCAUGAGUGAUUAUGUCGAUGCUAUGGAUAUCUCAAUGUUUGGAACAGACGACGAAGGGCAACCUGCUGAAUACGUUGACCUUGCCGAUAACUAUUCGCCUAUUAUAUAUCGCGUCAAUAAGGCACUCGCCUUCCGAGCCGUCCAUCCCGACGAGCCCUUUGUCCAAGUGGACAACGAAUUUGUGACGCGGUUCGAUCAUCCACCGCAAGAGCUCGUGCGUCAGGCGAAGUCGCAGAUAGAGUCCCUGAUCAAAGUAGCCGAUGUGAAGAAAGUGCCACCCAAGGCGAAGGGCAGAGCCUCCCGCAAUGCAGCGGCAAACAAGCCCUUGUCGGGUCUAGACGUCGACGCUCUCCUGGGAACACCUGCCGCCGCCAAAAGCGGGAAAGCCACCAAGAUUUCAAAGGAAAAUGCCAUCCCUGAAUUCAAGCAGGCGCUUGCUGGCACGGUUGACGUCAAGCAGAUUAGUGAUCUUACCGCGCAAAUGGGUGAAGUUGUGCGAUCGCUCAUUACCAGCAGCACGGGCGACAUCCAUUACGCACGAGUGGCCGAAAACAUGCGAGUUAUGCGUGAAGAGCUCAUCAGCCUGGAGGAGCCUGCCUUGUACAAUCAGUUCACAACCGAUCUCAAAGCUCAACUGGUAGCCGAAGAGCUGGGCGGUCCGCGAUUGGAGAUGUGGUGGACAAUUCGGACGUCUGGCCUAGGCCUGAUCACAAAAAGCGAAUCUGACGAAUCCGAUGUCACUGAUGAGGCAGCACGGGAGUUCGUGCGGCAGUUCAAGCCAAAGGAGGUGUAG